UGCUGCAGCUGAGCAUCUCUGCCUGACUUCUGUGGAGUUUGGACUCGGACUUGAUAGAGAUGCAGCAUCCGAGUGUCUGAGCCUGAGCAUCUCCAGUUUGUGUGUGUGAGAGCGCGCGUGUGAAUGUGUGUGAAGCCAUGGCGAGCGCCCAGCCGGGGGUCCACGCACUGAAACUCCAGACUCCCUCCGUCUCUCACACACUGAGGAACGGAAGUAACUUCAUUAAAUGGGACGAGGAUCUGUCAACUGUUACUCCAGUGACUCUGUACGUGGAUCCACAUGGAUUUUACCUCUACUGGACUGAACAAAACAAGGACACAGAGCUGUUGGACCUGACCCUCGUCAAAGACGUCAGAACAGGUCGAAGCACCAAGACACCGAAGGAGGCCAAGCUGCGGGAGCUGCUGGAUGUGGGAAACCUGGUUGGCCGUCUGGAGAACCGCAUGGUUACCGUGGUUACGGCUUCAGACCUCGUAAACGUCAACCAGCUCAACUUCAUCGCUUCACAGGAGGACGAGGCCAAGGUGUGGUGUGAGGAACUGUUUUCUCUGUCCUCCAAUCUGCUGAGCCACAAUCUCAACAGAGACCGCAGUCUGCUGAAAGCGUAUGUCAAGUUAACUCUCCAGCCGAACGCAGAGGGGAGAAUCCCCGUCAAGAACAUCGUCCGACUGUUUUCAUCAGACAGAAAGAAAGUGGAGAAUGCCUUGGAGAACUGCAGACUGCCCUAUGGACGGGGUGACGGCAUCAAACUGGAGGACUUCACGCUUGAAGUUUACAAGAGCUUUUUGGAAAGCCUGUGUCCUCGUCCUGAGCUCAGCAACAUCUUUAAACUGCAAGGAGGGAAGGACGGGGCCUUGUCCGUCGAUCAGAUGACAGAGUUCAUCAAUAACAAACAGAGAGACCCGAGGCUGAACGAAAUCCUCUACCCGCCUCUUCGUCCUGCACAGACGCACACUGUAAUGGAGAGGUACCAGCAUGACCAGGCACAGCUGAAGCAAGGCAUGAUUUCUGUCCAGGCGUUCUCCAGUUAUCUGUCCAGUGAUGAGAAUGGAGUUAUUCCACCAGAGAAACUGGACCAGUCUGAAGACAUGAGCUUCCCCCUGUCCCACUACUUCAUAAAGUCAUCACAUAAUACCUACCUGACAGCGGGCCAGCUGGCAGGCAGCUCCUCAGUGGAGAUGUACAGGCAGGUUCUCCUGGCAGGAUGCCGCUGUGUGGAACUGGACGUGUGGAAAGGAAGAACCGCUGAGGAGGAACCUGUCAUCACACACGGCUUCACCAUGACGUCAGAAAUCUCUUUUAAGGAAGUGAUCGAAGCCAUCGCAGAGUGCGCCUUCAAGACCUCUCCUUUUCCUGUCAUACUCUCCUUUGAGAACCACGUGGACUCUUUGAAGCAGCAGGCUAAGAUGGCUGAAUACUGUCGAUCCAUUUUCGGAGAUGCGCUGCUGAUCGACCCUCUGGACAAAUACCCUCUGGAGUCAGGUGUCCCCCUGCCCAGUCCUCAGGAGCUGAUGGGCAAAAUUGUCAUCAAGAACAAGAAAUCCCACAAACCCUCCAACAACACCGACACCAAGAGACUGACGGACCAACCUGCCAAUCAGAGCAACGAUCCAGUGUCUCCUAGCAACAACACAGGAGAGAUGGAGGCUGAGAGUGAGGAAGAUGAUGAUGAUGACGAUGAUGAUGGUAAAAAGGGCUCAGCGGAGCGGGAGGCCGUGGCCACGGAGGAAAUGUCAACUCUGGUGAACUACGUCCAGCCCACAAAGUUCAACUCCUUCGAAGCGUCCAAGAAGGCAGCCCGCUGUUACCACAUGUCGUCUUUUGUGGAGACCAAAGCUUUGGAGCACCUCACAAAGUCACCAGUGGAGUUUGUAGAAUAUAAUAAAUCCCAGCUGAGUCGUAUCUACCCCAAAGGAACCAGAGUCGACUCGUCAAACUUCAUGCCUCAACUCUUCUGGAACGCCGGGUGUCAGCUGGUGGCUCUCAACUAUCAAACCAUCGACCUGUCCAUGCAGCUGAACCUCUUCAUGUUUGAGUACAACGGUCGCAGCGGCUACAGACUGAAGCCGGAGUUCAUGAGGCGGCCAGACAAACACUUUGACCCUUUCACAGAAAACACAGUGGACGGCAUCGUAGCUAACAUGCUCUCUGUGAAGGUGAUUUCAGGCCAGUUCCUGACUGAGCGGCGGGUGGGCGUGUACGUGGAGGUGGAGAUGUUUGGACUUCCUGUGGACACCAGGAGGAAGGCGCUGAAGACCAAAACCUCCCAGAACAACAACGCCAUCAACCCGGUGUGGGACGAAGAGCCGAUCAUCUUCAAAAAGGUGAUUCUUCCCACUCUGGCCUCUCUGAGAAUCGCUGCUUUUGAGGAAGGAGGAAAGUUUAUCGGUCAUCGGAUUAUUCCAGUGUCUGCCAUCCGUCCAGGUUAUCGUUACAUCGGCCUGAGGAAUGAGAAGAAUCAGUCUCUGAUUCUACCGGCUGUGUUCGUCUACAUCGAGGUCAAAGACUACGUCCCAGACACCUUUGCAGAUGUGAUCGAGGCUCUGUCCAACCCCAUUCGAUAUGUCAACCUGCUGGAGCAGAGGUCCAAACAGCUGGCGGCUCUGACUCUGGAGGACGGGGAGGAGGAGACUCAGACUGAGGAUGAAGCCGACAGCUGUGCAGAGCGGAAGAACGACCUGAAAUCAGCUCCACUGGAAAACGGACUCAGCCCCGCCCCUGGUCCUGCAGGACACACCCCCAUCGCCACGACGCCCAAAGCUUCCGCAGCCAAUCAGCAAACAGCGACGACAGAGGCACCGAAACCUGCAGCAAAGACUGAGGACCUGGUGUUAAGUGUUUUGAUUGAUGUCCCAGUGUGCACCAUAGAGAGUCUGCAGCAGACCAAGGUUUACCAGAAGGAGCAGAGACGUCAGUUUAAAGAGCUGAAGGAGUUGGUACGAAGACACCAGAAGAAAACGUCGGAGCUGCUGCGAGAGUUCAACAACAAGUACAAGAAAACGGCCAGACAGUGCAGCAAGAGCCGGGGUUCGUGUUCGGACAGUGAGAAAGACGAACGCCUCCAGCAGCUGAGAGACGAGCAGCAGCAGCAGCUCCUGGCUCUGAGGCAGGAGCAGUACUACAGUCAGAAGUAUCUGCAGAGAGAACAUAUAAAAACGCUGACGGAGCGACUCAGCAGUCUGGCGGAGGAGAGUCACAACACCCAGAUGAAGAAGCUCAAAGACAUCUGUGACAAGGAGAAAAAAGAGCUGAAGAGACAGAUGGAUCGAAGGAGGACAGAGAAGAUCAACCAAGCGAAGACCAAAGAGAAGCAUCUGGCCGAGGAGGAGAAGAUUGAGAUCAAUAAGUCCUACGUCAAUGAAGUCGUCCAGAACAUAAAACGGCUCGAGGAGACUCAGACAAAGCGCCACGAUCAGCUGGUGGAGCAGCACAACGGGCUCCUGCAGGAGAUACAAGACCAGAAACCAAAGCUGCAGGGCACCAUCGAGGCAGAGUUUCAGGAGAAGUUCCAGUGUUUGCCCGGAGAGAUUCAAGACUUCCUGCAGGACAGGAAGACAGAGGUCAGAGGUCACAGCAAGUCCCGGCCAUCAACCCCUCACGAAACUCUGUCAGAGGAGGACUGAAGAAGCAUGAAGAGGAAGGAUCGAUGGAUCGGUGAAAAUCAAGAAAGUGCAGGAAGAAAGAGGAAGGAAGAAAAAGGCAGUGAGGGAGUAAAGAAAAGAAGAGAUAUUAAGAUUAUAAAGACUGUUACUUUUCUUUUUAAUGGACGAAUGCUUUAACAGUUUUUUAAAUUCCAUUCUAGCAUGCACUUUGCUGUUCUUCAGCGUUUAAUCAGAACCCAUUUAGUCUUAAUUUCUGCUAUUUUGACAGACAACUGAAACCCAAUGGUUUGUACUGCAUGACAACCCUAUCUAUCUAUCUAUCUAUCUAUCUAUCUAUCUAUCUAUCUAUCUAUCUAUCUAUCUAUCUGACAGUUUGUGCAAUGUAUUUCUCUUGAACAUACAUCAGACUCGAGGCCCAUCUCUAUUUCAUAUGCACACACAGAGACGUCAAACAGUCGCUACAAAUCCGAACCACACGUUUAUUUAUCUUCUUAUUAGCCCACUAAGUUAACGUGGUUGCCACAGCAACCUGGUCGACAGUGGUCAGACUCAAACACACCGCGAUGCUAAUACGCUUAGAAAGGAAACAGUAUUACAAUCUUAUUGUUUUAAACUUUCGUAUUGUUCUUUUUUUCUUUCACGCUCACACAGUUGCGCACAUUCCCACUUGGCAGCUGCCCAGUACAACCACAGCCUGAUGUGAUCUGGCCUCUGAGCAGUUUAACUGGAGCAGAUGGAGGUUAAUGGUUUUAGCUCACAGGCUCCUCAGCUGUGGUGAUGACGGGAGGGGGU